CUCCGAGGAAGACCCAGGGAACUGGAUAUCUAGCGAGAACUUCCUACGGAUUCCCCGGCGCCUCGGGAAAAUGGGAGCUGCUGCAAAGUUGGCGUUUGCCGUCUUUCUUAUCUCUUGUUCUUCAGGUGCUAUACUUGGUAGAUCAGAAACUCAGGAGUGUAUUUUCUAUAAUGCUAAUUGGGAAAGAGAUAGAACCAAUCGAACUGGUGUUGAACCCUGUUAUGGUGACAAAGAUAAAAGGCGACAUUGUUUUGCUACCUGGAAGAAUAUUUCUGGUUCCAUUGAAAUAGUGAAGCAAGGUUGUUGGCUGGAUGAUAUCAACUGUUAUGACAGGACUGAUUGUAUAGAAAAAAAAGACAGCCCUGAAGUGUAUUUUUGUUGCUGUGAGGGCAAUAUGUGUAACGAAAGGUUUUCUUAUUUUCCGGAGAUGGAAGUCACACAGCCAACUUCGAACCCAGUUACACCUAAGCCACCCUAUUACAACAUAUUGCUCUAUUCCUUGGUGCCACUUAUGUUGAUUGCGGGGAUUGUUAUUUGUGCAUUUUGGGUGUAUAGGCAUCAUAAGAUGGCCUACCCUCCUGUACUUGUUCCAACUCAAGACCCAGGACCACCCCCACCUUCUCCGUUACUAGGUUUGAAGCCACUGCAGUUAUUAGAAGUGAAAGCAAGGGGAAGAUUUGGUUGUGUGUGGAAAGCCCAGCUGCUCAAUGAGUACGUGGCUGUGAAAAUAUUUCCAAUACAGGACAAACAAUCAUGGCAAAAUGAAUAUGAAGUUUAUAGUUUACCUGGAAUGAAGCAUGAGAACAUAUUACAGUUCAUUGGUGCAGAAAAACGAGGCACCAGUGUUGAUGUGGAUCUUUGGCUAAUCACCGCAUUUCAUGAAAAGGGUUCACUGUCAGACUUUCUUAAGGCUAAUGUGGUCUCUUGGAAUGAAUUGUGUCAUAUUGCAGAAACCAUGGCUAGAGGAUUGGCAUAUUUGCAUGAGGAUAUACCUGGCCUAAAAGAUGGCCACAAACCUGCCAUAUCUCACAGGGACAUCAAGAGUAAAAAUGUGCUGUUGAAAAACAAUCUGACAGCUUGCAUUGCUGACUUUGGGUUGGCAUUAAAAUUUGAGGCUGGCAAGUCUGCAGGUGAUACCCAUGGACAGGUUGGUACCCGGAGGUAUAUGGCUCCAGAGGUAUUAGAGGGUGCUAUAAACUUCCAAAGGGAUGCAUUUUUGAGGAUAGAUAUGUACGCCAUGGGAUUAGUCCUGUGGGAACUGGCUUCUCGCUGUACUGCUGCAGAUGGACCUGUAGAUGAAUACAUGUUGCCAUUUGAGGAGGAAAUUGGCCAGCAUCCAUCUCUUGAAGACAUGCAGGAAGUUGUGGUGCAUAAAAAAAAGAGGCCUGUUUUAAGAGAUUAUUGGCAGAAACAUGCUGGAAUGGCAAUGCUCUGUGAAACGAUAGAAGAAUGUUGGGAUCACGAUGCAGAAGCCAGGUUAUCAGCUGGAUGUGUAGGUGAAAGAAUCACUCAGAUGCAAAGACUAACAAAUAUCAUUACCACAGAGGACAUUGUAACAGUGGUCACGAUGGUGACAAAUGUUGACUUUCCUCCCAAAGAAUCUAGUCUAUGAUGGUUGCACCAUGUGUCCACAGUGAGAAACAGGACUCUGAACUGGAGCUGCUAAGCUGAUGAAACUGCUCACAGUUUAUUUUCUGUGAGAAAUGAGUAGGAGGAGGUCUCCUGGACAUGUCAGGAAGAAGACCCUCAUUUAAAAAUGUGGCUCUGGGAGACUUACAGCAUUGCCUGCAGCAGAGACGUGAAGGACAUGAGACUAAGAGAAGUUGCAGACUCUAUAAAGAAACUUUUGAAAAAGUGUACAUGAAGAACGUAGCCCUCUCCAAAUCAAGGAUCUUUUGGACCUGGCUAAUCAAGUGUUUGAAAACUGACAUCAGAUUUCGUAAUGUCUGUCAGAAGACACUAAUUCCUUAAAUGAACUACUGCUUUUUUUUUUUUAAAUCAAAAACUUUUCAUUUCAGAUUUGAAAAAGGGUAACUUGUUUUUAUUGCAUUUGCUGUUGUGUUUGUAUGAAUGACUAUUGUAAUGCCAACACGACACGGCUUGUGAAUGUUUGGUGUGCUGCUGUUCUGUGUACAUAAACAGAGGCAUCAGAGUGGGGUACAGGAGAGAGGCUUCCAAGCAUUACUUUAACCUCCCUCAACAAGGUAUACCUCAGUUCCACGGUUGCUAAAUUAUAAAAUUGAGAACACUAACAAAAUUGGAAUAAUAAAUCGAUCCAUGUUUUGUAACAAGGUAUUACAAAUUCACUGUGUUAUUUAAGAAAAAAAGGUAAGCUAUGGUCAGUGCCAACACUAAGUGGCCAUUCAUUAAGCAGUGUUUUAGCUUUUCUUGUGCUAGCUUGUAAUUUAAGGGAAAAAAGUGUUUUUUGAAAUGAAAAAAUGAUGUCAUUUCCCCCUUUUUCCCAUGUUUUAAAGCUUCACCUUCUAUCCAGUUCCCAAAUUAUUGC